CUUUUCCCAUCGUGUAACUAGCCGUUGGUGCCAGACUUGAAAACGAAGGCUUUACUUUGCUAGCCAUGUGUUUAUGAAACCUUAGCGCUUUCCCAAGAUCUUUUGGCUGAUAAUCUCAAACAUGGAGGAUGCUUCUGAUUCUUCACAAGGGGUUGCUCCAUUAAUUAAUAAUGUAGCUCUCCCGAGCUCUCUGCCGUCUCUUCCUGUAUCAGUGACAGGCUAUAAAAGUCAUCGAGUAGCCAAUAAAAAGGUAGAAGCGAGAAGUGAAAAGCUCCUCCCAACAGCUCUUCCUCCUUCAAAGCCGAAAGUAGAUCAGAAACUUCCCAGGAGCUCGGAGAGGCGGGGAAGUGGCAGUGGGACGUGAUCCCCUCGCGCAGCGACCAGCAGUGGCAGCAGGAGGAGCGGAGGCCGGGGGUGCAGCGGGGACAUCUGGAAGCCACCCCUUGGGAAGUCAGAGCCUCCCUUCGCUUCUUUGUAAUUGAGAAGGUGAAGUGGCAGUCGGCGUGUUCUCAGGGAAGCGAGGCCGACGCAGGCGGCAGAGGGUCCGGGCGAGUCCGCGGGCGGACAGGAGAUGCCGCUGCUACACCGAAAGCCGUUUGUGAGACAGAAGCCGCCGACAGACCUCCGGCCCGAUGAGGAAGUUUUCUACUGUAAAGUCACCAACGAGAUCUUCCGCCACUACGAUGACUUUUUUGAACGAACCAUUCUGUGCAACAGCCUUGUGUGGAGUUGUGCUGUGACUGGCAGACCAGGACUGACCUAUCAAGAAGCACUUGAGUCAGAAAAAAAAGCAAAACAGAAUCUUCAGAGCUUUCCAGAACCACUAAUUAUUCCAGUUUUAUACUUGACCAGCCUUACCCAUCGUUCACGUUUACAUGAAAUCUGUGAUGAUAUCUUUGCAUAUAUCAAGAAUCGAUAUUUUGUUGAAGAAACUGUUGACGUCGUUAGGAACAAUGGUACAAGAUUACAGUGUAAGAUUUUGGAAGUUGUCCCUCCAUCACAUCAAAAUGGUCUUGCUAAUGGACAUGUCAACCGUGGAGAUGGAGAAACAAUUAUUAUCAGUGAUAGUGAUGAUUCAGAAACACAAAACAAUUCUUUCCAAAAUGGGAAGAAAAAAGAUGCAGUUGAUCCCUUGUUAUUUGAGUACAAGGUUCAAUCCACUAAAAAAGAAUUCUAUGAAUCCAUUAUUGUUAAAGCAACACAAAUCAGCCGGAGAAAACACCUUUUUUCUCGUGAUAAACUAAAGCUUUUUCUGAAACAACACUGUGAACCACAAGAUGGCGUCAUUAAAGUUAAGGCCUCAUCUCUUUCAAUAUAUAAAAUAGAAGAACAGGAUUUUUCUUAUUUCUUCCCUGAUGAGCCACCCACAUUUCUCUUUAGUCCUGCUAGCAGAAGAAGGGGGAGACCUCCUAAACGAAUGUCUAUAAGUCAGGUAAGUAGAGAAUAAUAUUAUUAGUACACAGACUAUUACAGGAUAUAGGAACAAAGCUAUUAAAGAGAAAAACAGAUUUUUAAAACAAGAAGAAAUGAAGUCACUAGCUUUUGAAAAGGCUAAAUUAAAAAGAGAAAAAGCAGAUGCCCUAGAAGCAAAGAAAAGAGAAAAGGAAGUUAAAGAGAAAAAGAGGGAAGAAUUGAAAAAAAUUAUUGAAGAAGAGAGACUAAAGAAGAAAGAAGAAAAGGAAAGACUUAAAAUAGAAAGAGAAAAGGAAAGGGAGAAAUUACGUGAAGAAAAGCGAAAAUAUAUGGAACACUUAAAGCAGUGGAAUAAACCUAGAGAAGAUAUGGAAUGUGAUGAUCUUAAGGAACUUCCAGAACCAACUCCAGUGAAAACUAGACUACCUCCUGAAAUCUUUGGUGAUGCUUUGAUGGUUUUAGAGUUCCUUCAUGCGUUUGGCGAACUUUUUGAUCUUCAGGAUGAGUUUCCUGAGGGAGUAACCCUAGAAGUGUUAGAGGAAGCUCUUGUAGGAAAUGACAGUGAAGGCCCACUAUGUGAAUUGCUUUUUUUCUUCCUGACUGCCAUCUUCCAGGCGAUAGCUGAAGAAGAGGAGGAAGUAGCCAAAGAGCAAAUAACUGAUGCUGACACCAAAGAUUUGACAGAGGCUUUGGAUGAAGAUGCAGACCCUACAAAAUCUGCACUGUCUGCAGUUGCAUCUUUGGCAGCUGCGUGGCCACAGUUACACCAGGGCUGCAGUUUGAAAAGCUUGGAUCUUGAUAGCUGCACUCUGUCUGAAAUCCUCAGACUUCACAUCUUAGCUUCAGGUGCUGAUGUGACAUCAGCAAAUGCAAAGUAUAGAUAUCAAAAACGAGGGGGAUUUGAUGCUACAGAUGACGCUUGUAUGGAGCUUCGCCUGAGCAAUCCUGGUGUAGUGAAGAAACUGUCAAGCACUUCAGUGUAUGAUUUAACACCAGGAGAAAAAAUGAAGAUUCUUCAUGCUCUCUGUGGAAAACUACUAACUCUAGUUUCUACAAGGGAUUUUAUUGAAGAUUAUGUUGAUAUAUUACGGCAGGCAAAGCAAGAGUUUCGGGAAUUAAAAGCAGAGCAACAUCGAAAAGAGAGGGAAGAAGCAGCUGCCAGAAUUCGUAAAAGGAAGGAAGAAAAACUAAAAGAACAAGAACAAAAAAUGAAAGAGAAACUGGAAAAAUUAAAGGAAGACGAGCAAAGAAAUUCAACUGCAGAUGUAUCUAUUGGGGAAGAAGAAAGGGAAGAUUUUGAUACUAGUGCUGAGAGCAAAGAAACGGAACAAAAGGAAUUAGAUCAAGAUACAGCAACUGAAGAUGAAGAUGACCCAGGAUCACAUAAAAAAGGCAGAAGGGGGAAAAGAGGACGGAAUGGAUUUAAAGAAUUUACAAGGCAAGAAGAAAUCAACUGUGCAAUGAGAGAGCCUUUUACUGCUGAUGAAGAAGCUUCAAAACAAGAGCACCAACGAAAAGAGAAAGAACUCUUAGAAAAAAUUCAAAGUGCCAUAGCCUGUACCAAUAUCUCUCCCUUAGGCCGUGAUCGCAUGUAUAGGCGAUACUGGGUUUUCCCUUCUAUUCCUGGAUUGUUUGUUGAAGAGGAUUAUUCUGGCCUCACUGAAGAUAUGUUAUUGCCUAGACCUUCAUCAUUUCAGAAUAAUGUUCAGUAUCAAGAUCCUCAGGUAUCCACUAAAACUGGAGAGUUUGAAUCUACCUCCAAAAUUGACCAAGGUCCAUGUGAUGAUUCUGUGCAGCUACCAAAACCAGUACAUAAGCCAAAUCGAUGGUGCUUUUACAGUUCUUGUGAACAGCUGGACCAGCUUAUUGAGGCUCUUAAUUCUAGAGGACAUAGAGAAAGUGCCUUAAAAGAAAUUCUCUUGCAAGAGAAAAGCAGAAUUUGUGCACAGCUAGCUUGUUUUCCAGAAGAGAAAUUUCAUUUUUCAGAUAAAUCUCAAACUGAUAGUAAACCUGUGUAUAGUCGGGGAAGAUCAUCCAGUACAUGUGCUACAACUCAGGUAUCUGCAGAAAGGCAACUUGAAUUGAGGCUUAGAGAUUUCCUUUUGGACAUUGAAGACAGAAUCUACCAAGGAACAUUAGGUGCAAUCAAGGUUACAGAUCGAUCCAUCUGGAGAUCAGCCUUAGAAAGUGGGCGAUAUGAAUUGUUAAGUGAGGAAAACAAAGAAAAUGGGAUCAUUAAAACUGUGAAUGAAAAUGUAGAAGAGUUGGAAAUUGAUGAGCAAGCAAAGGUCUUUGUUAAAGACAGGCUUUUGGGGAUAAAAACAGAAACUCCAAGUACUGUCUCAACUAAUGCAAGUACACCACAGUCAGUCAGCAAUGUGGUUCAUUAUCUGGCAACAGCACUGUUUCAGAUAGAACAGGGCAUUGAGAGACGUUUUCUUAAAGCACCACUUGAUGCCAGUGACAGUGGACGUUCUUAUAAAACAGUCUUGGACCGUUGGCGAGAAUCUCUCCUUUCUUCUGCUAGUCUAUCCCAAGUGUUUCUUCACCUCUCCACCUUGGAUCGUAGUGUCAUAUGGUCUAAAUCAAUACUGAAUGCCCGCUGCAAGAUAUGCCGAAAAAAAGGUGAUGCAGAAAAUAUGGUACUUUGCGAUGGCUGUGAUCGGGGUCAUCAUACCUACUGUGUUCGGCCAAAGCUAAAGACUGUUCCUGAAGGUGAUUGGUUUUGUCCAGAAUGUCGGCCAAAGCAACGUUCCAGGCGACUCUCUUCUAGACUGAGACCAUCCUUAGAAAGUGAUGAAGACAUGGAAGCCCAAAUGGAAUGUGAGGAUGAUGAAGUUGAUGAUGAUGAAGAUAGUCAAAGUGAGGAGGAAGAGUAUGGGGCAGAACAAGAUGAAGAUGACUCUCAAGAAGAGGAAGAUAUCAGCCCACCAAAACGAGGAAGACCUCAAGUUAGACUGCCAAUUAAAACAAGAGGGAGACUUAACUCUUCUUUUUCAAGUCGUGGCCAACGACAAGAUCCAGGGAGAUAUACUUCAAGGAGUCAGCAGAAUACACCUAAAACAAUUGUUUCCUCUAAAACUUCUGGUAGAAGCUUAAGAAAGAUCAAGUCUGCACCCCCCUCAGGAACAAAAUCAUUAAGAAUUGCCAGUCGUUCUACUCGCCAGAGUAAUGCAGAUGUAUUUGUGGAAUUACUUAGUCCUCAGAGAAAACGCCGAGGAAGGAAAAGUGCUAAUAAUACAGCGGAAAACAGUCCCAGCUUCCCUAACUUCAGGGUUAUUUCCACAAAGUCAAGUGAAUCACCAAGAUCUUUAAAUGUUACUCCAAAACUUUCUUUCGAAGAUAGUGACUCCAAGAGAAGAGGCAGAAAAAGACAAUCUACAGAAACAUCUCCUGUGAUACUGAAUCGAAGGAGUUCAGGUCGACAGGGAGGAGUUCAUGAACUGUCUGCUUUUGAACAGCUUGUUGUGGAAUUGGUACGACAUGAUGACAGCUGGCCUUUCUUGAAAUUGGUUUCUAAAAUUCAGGUCCCAGACUAUUAUGACAUCAUCAAAAAACCUAUUGCCUUAAACAUAAUUCGUGAAAAAGUAAACAAAUGUGAAUAUAAAUUAGCAUCUGAGUUUAUUGAUGAUAUUGAACUAAUGUUUUCGAACUGCUUUGAGUACAACCCUCGUAAUACAAGUGAAGCAAAAGCUGGAACAAGACUUCAAUCUGGAAACCCAGUGCCUAGUACGUUCCCUGGCCGGGUGACGGAUGGGGCCCCGGGGCUGCAAGCAGCGCGGCCAGGUCCCAGAGCCGCUGCUCCCGCGGCACGGCCACCCGGGAGCGCCGGGGUCACUCCGAGGACGCCUGCCGCCAGCGCUGCGAAGCGCACGGGCCGCCUGGGAGCAGGGCGGGGCCGCGAGGCGGGGCUUGCCCACGUGACCACCCUGCCCGCCGCCUUCAGCCGGCGGAGCCCCGGCCGACGCCUCUCUUGGGCUGCAGCUCCGCACGCCCCUCCUCCUCCGCCUCCUCGGGGUGUCACUGAGCCGAAGCCUGAGCAGCCGCUGCAGCCAGAGCCGCGGACACUAUGGUGGGCGCUCCUACGCCGCGGCUCCACUGUUGUCCAGCCGGCUGGCCGGCCUUUCCCGCCGUCCUGCCCGGCCUCGCAGUUCUUCGGCCUCCUGAGGGCUGGAGCACCCCGAUGGGGUGGGGUCGGAGGUCCGGGGCCGAGUGGACAAAGUCCGGGGGCGCUGGAAGGGCCGGGGGGCGCUGUGCGGUGUUCGCCGCCUUUGCCCUUCAUCUCCUGA